UCGCGCGCUGUUUUCCAAAAACCGCCCAAUUUUACCCGCUUUUCCUCGCGGCAUCAGGCGCGUACGCAUUUCCUGGAAUGUGCCGGAGAGUUCCUGCCUUCCCGUGUGUUUUCUAAACCAUCCUGCCUCUGCAAGUGCUCCCCCUAAAGGCUGAAUGUCGUAGAUUAUGAAUUCGUUGACCAAUUUAUUACGCCGCGAAUCCGGAUACGGAUUCGUUCGGCAGUACGAUGCGGCGCUCUUGCGGUUGCUGGUCCGGGAGCGGGACAGCUGGAAGGGCAUAACACCGUCUACGUUUACCGCGGACUUUAACCCAUCGCCACCAAUCCUAGCGGCCAAGUUUGCCAAGUGUGCCGGUUACGAGCAUGUGCUAGCGAUCGCCAACGAGGAUGGGAAGCUGGCGAUACAGAACACGGACGAAGGGAACGAAGAACCGGGCGGCGAGCGAGCGCUCGAUGGCGUACAGUGUCACUACAAUGCGGUGUUCGAUAUCGAGUGGAUGCCGGGAGAGAUGAAGAUCGUGACGGCUUCCGGGGAUCAUACGGCACAGCUGUGGUCGGUUACAGAAUCCGAUCUCGUUAGUACACAAGCGUUCCGGGGUCAUUCUCGCUCCGUAAAGACGGCCGCGUUUCGUCGUGAUGAUCCGGCCAUAUUCGCUACCGGUGGUCGUGAUGGAGCGAUCCUCAUCUGGGACAUUAGAGCGCAGCUCGGUUCGAAUCUGUUGCCACGGGCGGAUAACUGCAUCUACAGUGGGCAUGCCGGUGGUCCCGGUACGCCGGCAUCACAUCGGAAGCGUACGAGACAGACGCCCAAGAUACCGGCACAGGGUUGCAGCAGCAGCAUAACGGGGCUAGUGUUCCAGGAUAGCAAUACGCUGAUCUCCUGUGGUGCCGGUGAUGGAGUGAUCAAAGUGUGGGACACCCGGCGUCACUAUACCAGCCAUCAGCGAGAUCCUCUGCCUAAACAUAGCUUCCCGUAUGCGGGUACGACAACGUUGAAAGGAUUCACGAACCUCGUGAUCGAUGAGACACGCCAUCGGUUGUACGUGAACUGUAUGGACAAUCAUAUCUACUGCUACAAUGUGUCCACGUAUGAAGCGGAACCAUUGCAGCGGUAUAGGGGCUUCAAGAAUGGAACGUUCUAUGUGAAGGCAGCCCUUAGCCCCGACGGUCAGUAUCUGAUCAGUGGAUCAAGCGAUGAACGAAGCUACGUCUGGAACGUGGACCAUCCGAAUCCGUUACUACAGUUGCGUGGACACGCGGCAGAAGUGACGAGUGUGGCAUGGAUGCAAAGCCGACGCAAGGUACGGCUCGUAACGUGUAGUGACGAUGCGCGACACAAGAUCUGGCGCCUCGGACCGGAAGAGCUGGACUCCGAUGAAAGGCAGCAAUUGCGCGGUACAACCGAGUACUGCAGUUCCUAUCACCAACAGCCUUACAGUUCACGGGCUCCUCGACCGAAGGCGCUCGAAUUUACACCACGAUCGCUGAAACGGAAUGUGCAACGGAACGAAACGACACCAAGCACCUUGGAGGGUAUCAGUCGGACGCCAACCAAUGCUGGAAGUGCACUGACGUGCAGCAGCGUUACCGGAGCUAGCACAGGUAUUGCUGCUAGCGGUAGCAACAAGCGAUCGCACACAACGAUGGCACAAAGUGAAGAUCUGGCCGGUACGGAAGAAACUGCUGCAACAUCAUCCGUAUCGCUCUGCCCCCCAGUGAAGCGACCGAAUCGAAGCGAAGAAUGCCGUAAACGACGGCUGUUCAGUCCGGCAAACUAUAAAUCCUCUUUCAGCUUCACCGCGCUCGAGAUUGCUUCCAGUUCCUCCUCAUCACGUAGUCUUAACGUCAUUCUGGAGGCAAGCGAAGAGCACCAGACGACGAUCGUUAGCCGAUCACCUUGUAAGUCUCCUCUCGCUACCGCCGACCUCAACAUACGAUCACUCGAUCGGAAUUCGGGGGCGAUCACACUCGACACCACCGCCGACGUAUGUUCAAUGUUUUGUUCCUCGCCGACGACAUCGUUACUCAAUCUGACGCUACCUAAUUUCGUGAUCGACGGUGAAGCUCCACAUCUCGUGAACGUGAUCGCCAGUGGUGGUGGUUCGGGUGCAACCGGAUCGUUGAAAGAUGGCACCGGAGGAGGUACUGGAACCGGAACCGGUGGCAUCGGUUCGCCCGGUGCAAUGAUGAUGAAGCAUAAGCUAAAGGAAAACAUCGAUUGGCUGACAAAGAUUCGCAAACAGAAGUUACUGCAAGCGGCCAAGACCAUCAUCACCGAUGGUGGUAGUGCUGCCGGUGAAGGAAGAUCAUUGGUUGAGGGUGUGGAAGACACGGUUUCGUUGCUUCUAUCUCCACGGCUUCAGCAACUGAAGGCGUGCGACGAGCGAAAGAGCAACACCAGUACCUUACUACAACCCUCGUCCUCCUCCUCCUCUUCCACCUGCUCUGCUGUCGAUGAUGCGGAUACGACAAAUCAACCGACGACACCGACAAGCCGGAAAAGGCGAUCGUCCAGAACGAGUUUCGAUUGCAUCUCACAGAUGGAGACGGAUGGUGGCGGCAGUGGCGGCGGCGGUGGUGGUGGUGGAUUGGGCCCUCGAACACCGAAAAGCCGACGCCAUUCCGUUGGCGUCAGUAACGGGGGCGGUGCGAGCAUAACCGUUGGCAUGCAACCGACGACUCCCGAAACGACGGUGUCCAUUAGGAGAUAUUUUACAGUCACUACUACCCCUACCAACCGGAUGAACGUGCAUUGAACGACGCAUUGAAGGCCGGUCGAUGUUCCAUGGAUUGCAAUUUGUGUUUAUAUUGAAUUCAAAGAGGAUCACCAAAAAGGCGGGAGAUCAGCGCUCUCGAAAGAGCACACGAAUUUUCAAUAGGUUAAAGUUAGGAUGACAAGAGCACCGCCAUACGGGAAUUCAUUAAUGCUUUUUUACUUUUUAUGAAGCGCACCAUUCACAACGCUCUUACUAUCUCUCCCCAAGCGAGUCAGAAUCGCAAUGAAGUGCACUUUGAAAGCGUUAGCAUUUAUUGGUUUUAGUAUAGAAAAAGAUGGCAGGAGCUGUGGGGUAGCCAAACAGUGGGGGUGGCCAACAGUAGAGAACAGGAUGAACUCUUCAGCCCACUCGCACAGCGUUACUGUACAGUGAGUCAAUGUAGGGUUUUUGCGGACAAAGAAAAUAGAAAUAAAAACGCUUUAUGCUUCCUUGUUUGACAAAAUGUAA